AUGGCAGCAAAGACUAUAGUUUGUGGUGGGGUAAGACGCAGAAUUGGUAACGGGGAAUCUACACUCAUAUGGACUCACCCCUGGUUACAGGAUGAUCAUGACCCUAUGGUACAGACAGAAAUGCCAUUACAGUUACAAGGAGCCAGGGUCUCAGGUUUGAUUGAUCAACAAACGGGUAAUUGGGACCCCUCAAUUCUAACUGAUCUAUUUCAGCCUAGUGAUGUAACAGAGAUUUUGAAAAUACCUAUCUCACUGGAUUAUGAUGAUACCUGGUACUGGUAUGGGGACCCAAGAGGGGAGUAUUCUGUUAAGAGUGGAUACCGGCUAAUAGUAGGAAAUUAUCAAGGAAAUAAUGGGAUAUUUACGAAAUGGCUGCACCUAUGGAAGCUCAAAGUCCCACCAAAAUGGAAAAUGUUUCUUUGGAGAGCCACUAGUGAUAUAUUGCCUACCACUACAAACUUGCUUAUAAAGAGGGUGGAUGUGGAUCCACAAUGUGCCAUGUGUGGAAUAUCUCAAGAGGAUACAAUGCAUGCUUUAGUGUUGUGUGAUUAUGCAAGAAACAUUUGGGAAAAAUCUAACCUCACGAUCCCCAAUAUAGUCACAAAUGUUUUUCAUGAUUGGUUUAGUGAACUCUUAAAUGUUCUAGACUCUGAUGGAAUGUUAUAUGCAGCAGCAAUUCUUUACAAUGUUUGGAGAGCAAGGAACAGGGCGGUAUGGGAGGCAACGUUACCGCGCCCCGAGUCGGUACUCAAGGCCGCAGCUGCUGCCGUUUUAGCGUGGACGCGGGCGCACCCACUGCCCACGCCCCGAACUGCUAUGCUAUCAUCCGGGACGGUGGGAUCCGGGCAGCAUGGCGUCGAGUUGCACACUGCCGAGACGUCGCAUGGUCCGCCGAGGAGGCUAUGCCGUGUGGAUGGGGGUUUUAUGCACGAGACGGCCAACGCUGCAUUUGGGGCGGUCUUACUAGACACGAACGAAGGCUACGUCUCGGCAUGCAGCGGACCGUUACGAGGAUGCUCCUCGCCACUUAUGGCCGAGGCGCUCGCAUGUAAAGAGGCUCUAUCAUGGUUGAAGGAUCGGGGAGAACAGAAUGUCGAGAUAUAUACGGACUGUUUGGCACUGCAUCACUAUCUUACUACACCAACCGUUGUGCUGCGCACGUACUUAGGCUAUGCCAUUGACAGCUGCAGGCUUACUUCAUCUUUAUUUCAGUCUUGUUCGUUUCAUUUAAUUCCUAGAUUAGAUAAUUAUUUAGCUCAUGCUUUAGCAACUACGGCUUACCAGCAAACUGCUACUAUGUAUUGGGAUCUGCUCCCACCAGACAUUCUUUCGGCCUAUUUUUAA